AGCCGGUAGGUGAGGCGGACGGAAGGAGGCGGAAGAUAUAAGGGGCAGGGCUCUCUCUCACACAGACAGUUCCUCAAUAUAAACUUGUGACAGGAGGAGAGUUCGGGCACAGAAUGGCGGGAUCCCUGGGGCUGACACGGCUGCUAUUGGGCUGCUUGCCAUGGAUGGCACUUUCCCAGCCCUCUGCUGCCGCCGCCUCCCCUCCUCACAUCGUGUUUGUCCUGGCUGAUGACUUGGGCUGGAAUGAUGUUGGCUUCCACGGUUCCGAGAUCCUUACGCCGACUUUGGACUUUCUUUCUGGGCAGGGGGUGAGGCUGGCGGGGUACUACACUCAGCCCCUGUGCACUCCGUCCCGCAGCCAGCUGCUCAGCGGCAGAUACCAGAUUCACACAGGGUUACAGCAUCAGAUUAUAUGGCCAUGCCAGCCUCAUUGCCACCCCCUUGAAGAUAAACUUCUGCCUGAGCUGCUAAAGGAAAGGGGCUAUGUCACCCACAUGGUGGGGAAGUGGCACCUCGGCAUGUAUAAAACUGACUGCCUGCCAACCCGGAGAGGAUUUGACUCUUACUUUGGAUAUUGGACAGGAGGUGAAGAUUACUAUAGUCAUGAAAGAUGUUACCUCAUUACAACCCUGAAUAUAACCAGAUGUGCGUUGGACUUUCGAGACGGAGAGGUUCCUGCCACCGACUAUCAAAUGAAAUACUCAACCCACUUAUUUACAGAUCGAGCUGUGGAUCUCAUAACAAAUCACAAUCCUGAAAAGCCUUUAUUUCUCUACCUGGCUUACCAAGCAGUACAUUCCCCCCUGCAAGUUCCUGAUCAGUACAUAGAGCCUUACACCUCUAUUCAUGACAAGAACAGGCGGCUGUAUGCAGGAAUGGUGUCUGUAUUGGAUGAGGCAGUGGCAAAUGUCACAAAUGCUCUAAAAAAGCAAGGGCUCUGGAACAACACAGUAUUUAUCUUUUCUACAGAUAACGGUGGGCAGACCUUGUCAGGUGGAAACAACUGGCCCUUGCGUGGAAGAAAGUGGACUCUCUGGGAAGGAGGGAUACGUGGAGUAGGAUUUGUCACAAGCUCCUUGUUAAAACAGAAGGGGGUCACUAGCAAAGAACUAAUUCAUAUUUCAGACUGGCUUCCUACACUAGUGAAUCUUGCUGGAGGAUCUACAAACAGCACCAAGCCUCUGGAUGGCUUUGAUGUGUGGAAGACUAUCAGUGAAGGAAGUCCUUCUCCCAGAGUGGAACUACUUCAUAAUAUUGACCCGCUCUUUGAAGAUUCAUUUCCAUGUUCUGUGAGCCCUAAUACCAGAGACCAAGCACCCACUCAUGCUGCUACCAAAUGGCAAGAUUCCCCGUUUAACGUGUCUGUCCAUGCUGCUAUACGACACGGGAACUGGAAGUUGCUGACUGGAAAUCCAGGGUGCAGCCACUGGUUUCCACCACCAUCUAAACACUCGGAAAUUCCAUCCCCUGACGGCUCCAAUAAAACACUGUGGCUUUUUGACAUUGUGCAAGAUCCAGAAGAAAGGUAUGAUUUGUCAGAGAAGUUUCCAGAUGUGGUGACGAUGUUGCUUUUCCGUCUCCAGAACUAUUAUAUCAGUUCUGUGCCAAUUGAUUACCCAGACGACGAUCCAAGAUGUGACCCUGGGGACAAAGGCGUGUGGGGACCAUGGGAAUAGGUAUGCUGUGAAAGUAUGUUUUCAAGGCUCACAAAGACAUUUCAGUGGGCUUGUACGGUCCCUUUAAAAUAGCCAGUAGGCAUAGUGUUCUUCACAGUAAUGAUCCUGGAAUCAUUCACUCUUCAAUGAUAUGUACCCAGCCGCAAAUCUUUUAUAGUCACUCAGGCUAAAACCAGUUGCUACCAGGCCUGUAUUUAGGUUUGGUGCUGCCCGAGGCAUCGGACUUCAGCCUCUUCCCUCUACCAAUCGCAAAGAGCAAGCUACCUCCCUCCCCCUUAGCUCUGACAGCAGAUUUAGCCAUAAGUAUCCAGCAGCAAGCCUGGGGGGGUUGAUACAGUCACAUUCCAAUUGAUCUUCUCUUUGGAAUCAGUUAUUGCUAUUCCUGUGUAGUUAAAAGACCUUUUAAAAAAAAGUGCUGCACAUACAAGUAGCACAAUAGAAAUAAAAGUACAUAUCAAAUCUAAUAUACUUACAUACUUCAGUUUAUUUUCCCUUUGUAUUGGUCUAAUGGAAAUAUUGAUCUACAUGUAUAAUCUAGCAAUGUUGAAUUAUUUGACAUUCACCAAAUGAAUACUUCUUGGAUUUGGCUAAAUUCUAAAUACUGCUCCUAUUAAAGGUUCAAGUAAAUACUGGACUGAAUCCAACCCCUUAUUAGCAAAUGGAAAUUAAAAAAAUAAACAAUUGUGAACAGAAUUUGUGAACAUAUAAUUGUCAUUCAGAGCUUUAAAAUCACAUGACUUUGAGGGUUUGUAUUUGGUUUGGCACAAAAUUCCCCUGAAUCCAAAUGCUGGAAAAAUCCUAGGAUGUAACUGAAUUUCAAACUGAAUCCUGGAUUUGUUGCUUCCCUAAUAAUUAUUUGCCCUUUGCUUUCCCCUACCCUCUUGGUGUUAAUGGGUUUAUUACUGGUUUUAGUUUUACAAAAUCUAUCUGACCUGCAGUACACUUGUUAUUGAAGGCAAAAAACACCUUCCUUUUUGACAUGUGCUCAUUCAGUUGGAUUAUAUAGAAAAGGUGCAGAAACACUGAACUUCUAAAAAUAUAUUUAUUUUUUUCUUAUACAGACAUACCUGGUUAUAUGAACUAAAAGAAAACCAUCAUAGUCUGCUUCUGACCAUUUCUCAACCCCUCCCUCACCUUGUUCCAUUGUCAAGUGAUGCAUUCUGGGGCUUCAAGUCCCUCUAUGGUGCAUAGAUUCUCUGAAAAGCAGAGGGACGUCAAGUCCCAGAAUCCAUCUCAGUGGAACAAUGAGGGGGUGUCAUUAGUCUCAGCCCGAGGAGGGUUGGGAAAUGAUUCCUAUAAAUCAAAAGCAGACUAUCAUUUCCUUUCAGUCUGUGAAAUCAUGUAUAUCUGUGCACAAGGUUGCAAAAACUAUAUAUUUACUUUUAGGAAGUUCAAAAAUUUCCCUGUAAUUUAUAAUCCCCUUAGAAAUAAAAGGGGGUGCAUUCUCAUAGCUCAAGGGGCCAACAGAACAGGGCAAUAAAAUGAAUUCUUUAUAGUGCAGAGUCAUUGCCAGCAGAGAUGUUCUUUACAAAGCACAAUGCAAAGAAAGAAAAUCUAAGUAUACAGAGCCCCUUUAAAUGAUGGAAUACAGGAUUGUGUCACAUUGAGCAACUGACAAACUCAUAAAAAGACUAAACCUUUGGUUUCUGAUCUUCCUCCAUUUUUUGUCAAAUCUAAAUACAGGUAUGGGACCUGUUAUCCAGAAUGCUGGGGACCUGGGGUUUUCCAGAUAAGGGAUCUUUCUGUAAUUUGGAUCUCCAUACCUUAAGUCUGCUAAAAAUAAUUUACAUAUUAAAUAAACCCAAUAGGAUUAAUUAUAUCUUAGUUGGGAUCAAGUACAGGUACUUUUUUUAUUAUUACAGAGAAAAGGGAAUCUUUAAAAAUUUGAUUUAUUUACUUAUAGUAGAGUCUAUGGGAGAUGGCCUUCCCAUAAUUUGGACCUUUCUGGAUAGCUGGUUUCUGGAUAAUAGAUCCCAUACUUGUAUUCCCCUUUCAGCUGUCUGAAUUGUUAAUUUUAUUGCCUGGUAAGAAAAAAAAAACCACACAUAUAAUAAUGAGGAAAACAGAUAGGAAAUCAUGUAUUAAGACAAGGUUUCUUAUAACUAAACACAAUAGAAUAUAUUUUCCUGAUUUGUUUGUUCUUUAACCCUUUAAAUGAUAGAAAACGUGAAAUGUGCCAGUGCCAUAGAUUCUACAUUUCCAGGUAACACUCUGGAUCUUCACCACCAAUAUUUAUUUUUUUACAUGGUACAUCUUUGAGUUAAAGGGAAAAUCCUCUUAAAGCAACAUCUGUACAGAUUUUGUGUUAAUGUAAUGAAUUUGGUGUCACGUUGUGCCAUAUUGCCAGGUGUAUAGAGACAGGUUGCUAGCUCAUACUGCUUCAUACUGUCACAUUUGUUUGUGAGCCCAGGUCACUUCUCUACAUGAAGUAAUCCAGAAAGCAAUAAAGAGCAGGAAGUAAUAAAUCCAAAGUAAAAUGAAUGCAAUGCGGGCUGUUCUGUGUUGUAAUGGGGUCUCUUCUGUUUGGAUGUUUUUGUUAUACUGUCCCUGUACACAAGGCCUGUAGUCACAGGUUGGCUGGUCGAACUUGGAAUAAUGUCUUAUUGUAUGAAAUCAUUAAGGUAAAUAUGACUUUGUUCUAAAAAUUUAAAAUAAAAUGUAGAAUUUUGGGAAGUCA